CAUGUAUCUCUGAAAAAAAACAUUCUGCUGCUGCUGGUCUCACCAUUGAAAUGGUCUUAAUCGAUUCAAAUGAUCACAAAAUCCAUGCUACAGUGAAAAAGGAGAAUGUUAAUCAAUUUGACCCAUUCUUCCCACAAGGUGGUUCGAGUAUACUCACCAACUUCAAUGUGAAUCACUCAUUGGGAUCACAGCGAACAACCAGUGGCCCUUUACAACAUUACUUUCUGUUUAACCACCUGUGUAUUCAGUCAUGUAGAAGUUGUUUCUACAAAUGGGAAAGAUACACCCAAGUUAACUUUGAAAUGAUGAUCAUUGUCCUAUUGGGUUAUGGGGUUGAUUUCCAACGA